CGGACGGUUCUCGAGUCGCCAGGCCUGGGGGCCUGGGCUAACCGUGGAAGGAAGCUCUGCUUCCGGUCACCCCACUCGGGCUUAAGGGAGGGGGCUCCCGGUGACCACCCUCGGCCCGGCUCUGCGCAGGAGAGGAGGGGCCUCCUACAGUCUCUGGUCUUACACUAUUGACCCGCCCCUAACUGCUCAACUUGGCUGUUAGGGGCUCCGACUUUGGGCUGGUUUGAGGAGGGGGCUCCAGGACCUCUGAUCCUGGCCGGGCUCGGGGCAGGCGGGGGUCUCCGCUGGGUCUAGUGCGCUGACCAGGGACCGUCGUGUCUGGGAUGUCUGGUCCCAGGUAGUUGCAGAAAGAGCAGCGGGCAGAAAGGUGAGGGCCCUGAGCGAUCUGUGAAAUGGGUACACGAAGGCUGGGGGGUUGCCGGGAGGCUGCAGGUGGCCAGAGCCGCGUGCGCAGCCUGCAGGCAGCGUGGAGUCGGUGGGCUGAAUCUUGGUCCCUGUCCUGCCGGGUUCCGCCUCCCGGCCCCGCCCCGGGGCGGUGCCAGCCCAGGCCCCGCCCCUGGGAGGGCGCUUCCGGCACAGCGGAACUCCGAGUGCAGGGUGAGGUUGCUGGUGGACCUCCUCUGUGGUGUUGAAUGAGGCCCCAUGAGCGCGGCGCCCCUGGUGGGCUACAGCAGCAGCGGCUCCGAGGAUGAGUCCGAGGACGGGAGGCAGACCAGGCCGGAGGAUGGGAGCCACCGUCGGUGAGGAUGGCCAGAGCCCCCUUCCCAGGCAGAGAUUUCCAGUACCUGACAGUGUACUGAAUAUGUUCCCGGGCACCGAGGAGGGGCCUGAAGAUGACAGCACAAAACACGGGGGACGGGUGCGCACCUUCCCCCACGAGCGGGGCAACUGGGCCACCCACGUCUAUGUACCAUAUGAAGCCAAGGAGGAGUUCCUGGAUCUGCUUGACGUGUUGCUCCCCCAUGCCCAGACAUAUGUCCCCCGCCUGGUAAGGAUGGAGGCGUUCCACCUCAGCCUGUCCCAGAGUGUGGUUCUGCGUCACCACUGGAUCCUCCCCUUUGUGCAGGCUCUGAAAGCCCGCAUGGCCUCCUUCCAGAGAUUCUUCUUUACUGCCAACCAGGUAAAGAUUUACACCAAUCAAGAGAAAACCAGGACCUUUAUUGGGCUCGAGGUCACUUCAGGGCAUGCCCAGUUCCUGGACCUAGUUUCAGAGGUGGACAGAGUCAUGGAGGAAUUCGACCUCACCACUUUCUACCAGGACCCUUCUUUCCACCUCAGCCUGGCCUGGUGUGUGGGUGAUGCACGUCUCCAGCUGGAGGGGCAAUGCCUGCAGGAACUACAGGCAAUCGUGGAUGGGUUUGAAGAUGCUGAGGUGCUGCUGCGCGUGCACAUUGAGCAAGUCCGCUGCAAGUCGGGGAACAAGUUCUUCUCGAUGCCUUUGAAGUGAGCACCUGAGGCCUUCCUCCUCCAGGGCCCUCUGUAGACCAGGCUGAGAUGGAGGAACCUGCUAAAAUCAAUGGAGAUGCUUCUAGCCUCCCAGUAGGAGGUCCCAGCCAUGCCUUCAGCCUGGCAGAAGGUGUAGCCACUCCUCAUCCUCCCUGAGUGUUCGCUCUCGCUCUCUCCCGCUCUCUCUCUCUGUCUCCCGCUCUCUGUCUCUCUCUCUGUCUCCUUCUUUCUCUUUCUCUUCCCCUCCCUCUCUCUUCCUCUCCUCUCUCUCCUCUCUCCGCUGUUGUGGGUUGCAGGUUGGGUGCGGCUGUGUUGUGGUCCUUCCCAGAAACUGCCAGUAGAGGGCACCCUGGGCAUCCUAAUUCUUACUCUGGUUGUUACGCAAAGAAAAUAUUGGGGUCAGUGGUGAGCCCACCCACACUUGCCAGAAUCUCCACUGUAGUCCCCCUAACAAACAGCCCUUCACUCCCUCUCCCACUUCAGCAAUUUCUAUUUUGAUGCCAUUGGCCUCAGAUCAGAGUGUUUUAAAUCAUCACGCCCUGGCUUAUCCCUGGCCAAGCCAGGACACGGGGUGCUUCAGUGGGUCUGUCACCCUCUCUCCUUGAAGCAUGUCGCUUUUAUUUAUUUACUUUUACUCUUACCCUGCUCCUGUGCCAGCAGGGGCUACUUCAAGGCCAAGGUCCAGGAUGAGAACUUGUGACCCAGCCUCAGUUUUCUCCACUUCUUUCUCCCACUUACCCUAGCAAGGUGCCUGGGGAGACUUGAACAGAUGUUUCAUUUUGGCCUGGACAGUGGCUGAAAGCCAGGCCUCCAAUGCACUGUGACCUCUGGCUUCCCCAGCAGCUUUCCCAGAGAGGCAGAGGGGCCUUCUACAGCCUGGGUUCUCCUGCUCCCUCCUGCCUGCUGCAGCUGCAGCAUUCUGAGGGGCAACGUGGAGGAAGGGCCAGGGAUGCACGCGAUUUUAACUUUUUCAUCAAACCUUCCGCGUGGCAAGGAAACAGUCAGUCCUCUUCAGUUGUCUUCUGGAUUUCUGGUGAUGGAUAGAGAAAUCUUUUUAUGUUACAGUUUUAAAUGAUGUUCAACAAAUAAAAAAUUACAUUUUUUAUUUUGGA